AUGCAGGUAGAAUUUGCCUGCAACGACGCCGAAAACUUUCGAUACUCUUUCGCUCAUGUUGCGCGCGACGGCGCAUGCCUACAGGACUGGGAAAGCCAAUAUGUCUACGUUUCGCGUUUGGGUGAGGGCUCGUAUGGCAGUGUCUUGCUUUGUCGCGAGCGUUCAGCCGGCGAGGAGAAAGGAGCACAUGGUCAGACGACACCGUCGCUGGUUGCUGUCAAGAAGUUUAAAUGGGCUCACAAUGAUAACGUGGGUCUGAGACUGGCGCUACGUGAAAUCCGCCUGCUAAAGAGCUUGGACCAUCCGCUCAUUAUAAAGCUGCAACGAGCAUUUUUCAGUCGUAACUGCAGGCUAUACGCCGUCUUUCCCUUCAUCGACGUGGGGUGUGCGCAAAGUGUCCUGAGCAAGACGUAUCCUCGCGGGAUGCCUCCUGUGUUGCUCAAGUCCUUUGCCUGGCAGCUCUGUCUGGCUCUCCGGUACCUCCACCAGCGGAAGAUACUACACAGAGACGUCAAGCCGGCGAACGUGCUGCUCUCUAGCGACGGAACAAUACGUCUAUGCGAUUUCGGCUUUGCGCGGCGGGUGCCGGGAGCUGAGCUGGACGCGCUGACGCCGUACGUCCAGACGCGUCCAUACCGUGCACCUGAAGUACUGCUCGGCCAUGAGUACGGAGCUCCCGCAGAUAUCUGGGCCCUGGGCGCCACCCUGGCUGAGAUGGCCCGGGGGGAGGUGCUCCUGCGGGGCACCUCUUCCUUGGACCAGCUGUGGCGCAUC